AUGUUUUCCAACCUUGUCAUUAGCUGCAUGGUUUGCGGGCAGCAAGACGACCUCAAGCAAUGCGCUCAGUGCAAGCUGGUGCAUUUCUGUGGCCAGGAGCAUCAACAAACGCAUUGGCCCUCGCACAAGGCAGUCCGCAAGAAGAUUGCGACGUUGCGCAAGAGGCUGAGGGAGAUAAAAAAAGCGGGUCGGGAAAGCUUUGCCGAACUGACUGGAGUUCUAAGUCUACAAUUUACGGGUAUUAGACGCGACGGUAUUCAUCUCAACGAGCAGUUGCAGCUCGCUGAGCAGAAGCUUGAGAUUGACCCCCCCGUAGCCAUCGAAAGCGCACUCAAGCAUGUCAUCGAUCUCAGAAAUCUGCCCUUCCGACCCUUAUCCGAUGAUGUCCUCGAGAUGGCGACAUCAUGUCUCAUUCGCCUCGAUAGGGACCAGGAAGCCUACAACUACUUGACGCACUGGACGUCACGAUACAAAGACCACGAUCGAUUCGAAGCGCCGGACAUCUUCGAGGGCAUGGCUCCAUCAGCAGCCUUCCUGGCUUCUGUAUUCCUUGUGAAGCUGAGGCUAUUCACGGCCAUGGACUCGGCUCGACAGUGCUACAUCAAGGGAGGCAAUUGCUCCGAUCCGCGGAUCAUGACUACACUCGAGAAGUGCGGCCUUAAAGACGUGAUGAAGGGAGGCCCUAAGCUUGGAGAGCAUCUCAGCGCCAUCAUUUUCACGUUACAAGAUGAUAUGAAGGAGCUGUAUCUGCAGGUGGAGCAGAUUCAGCCAGACUUCUGGUCUAGACUGCCUAGUGUACACGAGAAUCGGGAGCCUUGCCACGACAACUCGGGUAUGGAGACACAGCAAGUGCUAGACUGCUACACUGUUACCGUGCUUUCGCCGCGACUCGGGGCAGUCUCGAAUUCCUCCAGUCCUUUCCAACCGACUCGGUGUAGCCUAGUUCCGAGGAAGCGGUGGAUGGAGCGAAAAUUCCCAAGUAAAAUCUUGAAGUUAGUCUCGCGAGUUGUCAUUUAUCUUACCUCUAGCGCUCAAAUCCUACCUGGUCGGCAGUUGGAGAAGAGGCGGUGAUAUUGGCGCUUCCGAAGGC